UACCCAGGUCCGAGAGGCCGAUACAAGAUGGCGGAGUCGGUGGGGAGGGAGAGGCGGAGGCGGGUCCGGAUCGAAUAGAGCAAAGCCUAUACAGGACUCCUAGAAAAUCUCUCCAAGACAGGACAAAUGAGGAGCUAUGACGAGUGAAAACCAUAGUACCAUAAAGGGAGACUCGGGCAUGAUCAUGUCCCCAACUGGGUCCUCAGCCCAAGCACCACCUCUCACGCCCUCCACCAGCAAAGCCAUCCAGGACCUGCCAGAUGAGCUGGUUCAGGCUGGAUGGGCAAAAUGCUGGAGCAAAAGGGAGAAUCGGCCAUACUAUUUUAACCGUUUUACCAACCAGUCGUUGUGGGAGAUGCCGGUCCUGGGGCAGCAUGAUGUCAUUUCUGAUCCACUUGGCCUCAACGCAGCUCCUGCCUCAGGUGAUGGAACAGGAGGAGACGCUGGACUGGGCAACGGGCAACGGAAGAGACGCCCCUCAGAGGAUACCUCCUCAGGAGGUCCUAACAGCUUCAAGAGGCCAAAGGUUGAGAUUCCUGUAACUCCAACCACCCCUUCAGUCCCGAUAUCACCAAGCACCCCUGGCGCAAAGCCCUGGAAUUCCACUUUAGACGAAAAACAAGCCCAGCCUAGUACCCCUGCUCCUGCUCCAGCCCCUUACCGGCCCUCUGUAAUCUACUGGGAUCUGGACAUACAGACCAACGCGGUAAUUAAAGAGCGGGCUCCAUUCAACUACCUCCCUCCUCACCCAGAGAUUGAGCUACAGCGUGCCCAGCUCACCACCAAACUCCGCCAGCACUACCAUGAACUGUGUUACCAGCGUGAAGGGAUUGAGCCGCCACGGGAGUCAUUCAACCGCUGGCUGUUAGAGAGGAAGGUGAUGGAUAAAGGAGUGGAUCCUCUGCUGCCCAGCGAGUGUGAGCCUGUCAUCUCACCCUCCAUGUUCAGAGAGGUCAUGAACGACAUCCCCAUCAGGCUCUCACGCAUUAAAUACAAGGAAGAGGCCAGAAAGCUGUUAUUCAAGUACGCAGAGGCAGCCAAGAAAAUGAUAGAUUCCAGAAAUGCCACACCCGACAGUAGGAAAGUUGUAAAGUGGAACGUUGAAGAUACAAUGAACUGGCUCAGGAGAGACCACUCUGCCAGUAAAGAAGACUACAUGGAUCGUCUGGAGCACUUGCGGAAGCAGUGUGGCCCACAUGUGACGGCCGUAGCCAAGGACUCGGUGGAGGGGAUUUGCACUAAAAUCUACCACAUCUCAGCCGAGUACGUGCGCAGAAUCCGACAGACUCACCUCAACCUGCUAAAAGAGUGUAACAUCACAGUGGACGGGGCAGAGACCGCAGAAGUGCAGGACCGUCUGGUUUAUUGCUAUCCGGUUCGACUGUCCAUUCCUUCGCCACCGCAGCCCCGCGUCGAGCUCCAUUUUGAGAACGAUAUCGCCUGUCUGCGCUACAAAGGAGAAAUGGUGAAGGUCAACCGUGGCCACUUUAAUAAACUGGAGCUGCUCUACCGGUACAGCUGUAUCGAUGAUCAAAGGUUUGAGAAGUUUCUGUCACGUGUGUGGUGCCUUGUAAAGAGAUACCAGGUGCUGUUUGGAUCUGGUGUGAACGAAGGCAGUGGUCUACAGGGGGCUCUUCCUGUUCAAGUGUUUGAGGCUCUCAACAAACAGUUUGGAGUCACUUUCGAGUGCUUCGCGUCACCACUCAACUGCUACUUCAAGCAGUUCUGCUCGGCCUUUCCUGACAUCGACGGCUUCUUCGGCUCCCGAGGGCCAUUUCUAAGCUUUUCACCUGUCAGUGGAUCAUUUGAAGCUAAUCCUCCAUUCUGCGAGGAGUUCAUGGAUGCCAUGGUCACACACUUUGAAGAGCUUCUAGAGAAGUCCAGCGAGCCUCUGUCUUUCAUUAUCUUUGUUCCUGAAUGGCGCGAUCCCCCUACCCCGGCACUGACACGGAUGGAGACAAGUCGCUUCCGCAGGCACCAAAUGUCCGUGCCAGCCUUUGAGCAUGAAUAUCGCAGUGGCUCUCAGCAUAUCUGCAAAAGAGAGGAGAUGUACUACAAAGCCAUACAUGGAACAGCAGUCAUCUUCCUGCAGAACAACGCCGGAUUUGCUAAAUGGGAGCCAACCAGCGAGAGGAUUCAGGAGAUGCUGUCUGCAUAUAAGGUCUCGGGACGCUCUCUGUCCUCUCCUGGACCUUCCUCUUCUUCCUCCAGUAGUGGAGACAGAGACUCCAAACCGAGCUACGAGCGCUCAGCGAACCUCGAAGCCCCCGGAGGCCAUGAAAGUAGCAGCCCUGCACCAGAAACAGCAAACAUUUAAGUGUGCGUGCGUGGUUGUGUGUGUGCGUGCGUGUUUGUUUGUGUGUGUGUGUGUGUGUGUGUAAAGUGACUGGCUGCAUGUUAAGUCAGUUCAUGAGAGAAAAUGAGAAGAGAGCUACAGAGAUAAAGUUCAUUUACUAUUCUCGGUUUCUAAUAUUUAAAAAAAUAUAUAUUAUGGGUUUUAUUAUUAAUGUUGUCAUAGUUGUUAAGGUUUUUUUUUUGUUUGUUUUUUUUACUGAUGAUGUGAUUAUUUGGUCACUAAUUACGUUUUGUUCUUGUUGUCACUUGAGACGUGGUAAUUCUAUUCGGGACUUGUUUUAUUUUGGCCUUUUUAAACUUUGUGCUUUGUUCCUAGGCAGAGUUGUCUUUCUGUCAGGUUGAGAAGUGGGGAAAAUGGAUGAUAGUGUCUCUGUUGUGCUUUUCUAUUUUUUUUUUUCCUUUCUAAAAAAAUUCUAUGCCAACGGAAGUGAGAUGAAUCCAUUAGCAGUUUGCUAUGUUUCAUAAGCCCCCUAACAUGUGUAUAUCUUGUGCAUAAAGAUUCAUUGUGCCAGUUUAUUUAGUGCUGGAGGGACUCUGAAGUUACUCAAGCCGGCCUUGGUGGUCCCUCUUCUGGAACAAAGCACUGAUGUGAACAAAAAACUCACCUUUGUUUGUUCAAAAGGGUUCCUUUUAGAGUGGGCUUCAGGAUGCAAAUAAGUAAAACAGGCCUUGUCAUAUACCUAGUAAUUGGUUUCAGCGUGUUAUAGAUUCACUCUUCGUUUACUUGUAAAUUUUAAAUUGUGCACAGAGAACAAAGAUGAAUCCGGUUGACUUUGUUUUCCUGUCUGUAGGAAAAUGCAGUUUUGUUACUUCCUGACAUGCUUUCAGAAGGAUUUGGUAGCAUGGACUGUGCUGAACAUGAAGUUUCUGAGUGGAUAAUAUGACUUCCACCCUUAAUUAUUCACUCUCUAUGCUUGAUGUAUGUCUCAGUAAUGAUUUCCAGAGAAAGCAAUAGGUGAACCUAAAGAGCUUACACGUGACGUGUAUACGUGACCUUGCAUUUCGGCAAUACUAACUGUCCGUCCAUCCAUCUUAUAGAAUCCAUCCUACCGUCUUAAUUUGAGCCUUAGACAUAAUAUUACUAAAUGCCUUGGUUUAUUUUUCUUUCUGAAAAAAAAAAAGGUUUGUAAUUGUGUGUUUACUCCAGAACGAGAUUGAACCUGAUCACUGGGCAGCAUAAUGAAUGUAAAUUUAACAAAAAAGGAAAAAUAAAGGGUCAAAUAGUUGAUCCUAAGUUUUCUCUGUAGUUCUGGGAUUAGAACAAGGAUCGGAUUAAAUCUUCUCUACUACCAACAUUCUUGUUCAAUUUGUCAAACUUUAUGUUGGAAUCGGCUUUCUUGCUAUUAGAAACGUGUUCGAAUCUAUAAGUAUCCUUAGAUCUGGUCUAUUCAUGUCUCUGUUGUAUUUUUCUCGUUUCUCUGUGUAUAUACCCUUCAUCUUUUUAAAGUAAUGAAUCGUAAUCGAUUCGAGCGUUACGCUUGAGGGACGGCUCAUGCACUCGCCAUUAUAGCAGUACACAGUUUUGGCAGCUUGCUGAUCAUUGCUAACAUUCGACUCCCCCGAAGGUAGUACCUCACCUUUUAUGAAGUCUUUAUCUGGCUUUCUCAUUCCUGGAGUGUUUCCCAUCACCAGCAAAACUGUAGAUAUUGUACAGAAAAGCAUUAUGAAGUAUGGUUUUUGUUUGAUUUUCUGCCACAGUUGUAGAGUGAGCUCUUUUGAAAAAAAAGAAAAGAAAAGAAAAAAGUAUCCUACUCCUACUUCUGUCUUUCUCCCCAUGCUUUUUAUUUCUUUUAAUUAAGCAAAUUUGUUUAUGAAUUAUACAAUUUAUGAAAUAGAAGUCAUUUUAAACUAAACCAAAGUGAUUACUGAGAAAGAGGAGAAAUCUAUCUUGUAUGUAAUAGUAGAACUGUAUAUGAACAGUACUGCAUAGUGUAACCAGCAAAAAUGAUUUGUUAUUUUUAUAUUUCAAUGUUGUAUGUGUUCUGGUUAGGUUCUUUUGCUUGAUCCCAUUUGUCACAAUCACAAAAGAGAUAAUUAAAUGUAUAGUGCUUA